AUGAUUUUAAAGAGCCUGUCGUUUGCUGCUGCUGCUUCACAUGUGGCAUUUGCUGCAUCCGUUACCAUCGAUCCAAAUUUAGCUGGAUGUAAAGCCCUUGAGAAGAUCGGCAAAACACAAGUUCAUUACCCUAUUGAUGAGGUAGUUGAUAUUAUCAACGUGAUUUCUGAACAAAAUGUCCCAUUUGCUUUGAAAUCUGGUGGUCAUGCACAGAAUGUCGGUUUCAGUUCUACUGAAGGUAUUCAAAUCGCUCUAAAGAACUUCAACAGUGUGGAGUACGAUCCAGUAACCAAUCUUGCAACCAUUGGUACUGGGCAGCUAUGGGAGUCUGUCUAUGCUGGCCUUGAACCGCACGGAGUUAGUGUCAAUGGUGGUAGAGUUUCGGGCGUGGGUGUUGGAGGUUUCGUUUUAGGUGGUGGCUACUCUUGGCUUACAAAUCAAAUCGGGUUGACAAGUGAUCGUGUCGUCGAAUAUGAGAUUGUCCUUUACACGGGUGAAAUCCUCAAAGUGAACCGCGAAUAUCACCCAGACCUCUUCUUUGGCUUGAAAGGUGGUGGUAACAAUUUUGGUAUCGUUACAAAGGUCACUCUAGAAGCACACCAGCAAGGUCAAGUCUAUGGUGGUCAAAUUUUCAUCUCUAAAGACAGCCUUAGCAAGGCAAAUACGGCUAUUUCUAAUUGGGACAAGAACAAAAAUGAUCCAAAAUCGUCAAUAGGCGUUACAUAUGGAUACGCUCCUGGCCAGGGACUAUUUGCUGAACUUCUUCUCUUCUAUGAUGGUCCAACACCGCCAAAAGGAGUAUUUGACGAAAUAUUAGCAAUUCCGAGCGCCAAGUCAAGUGUAUUUAGCCGCUCAUACACUGAUCUCGUAUUGUCAGUCAAUGGAUCUGCCACCGAUGGAGUCAGAGGAUAUUACCGCGGAAUUUCUCUCAAAGAAUAUCCCGUUGUGCUAUUAGAAUCUAUUGCUAAUUACACUGAAACACUGGGUAAAGAAGCUGAAUCUCACUCGUUGGCAUCUCUCGUUGUGGCCGUUGAACCGUUCUUGAAGAACAUUAAUUCACAUGAUACAUACGGUCCUUCUGCUUUCCCUCACCCAGCUGAUGGAUAUCUCUCCCCAGCCAACUUUAUUCCAACCUGGACUGACGAGAAGGAAGAUAGUUACUUCUACGACCUGACAAAAAAGUUUUCGGAUGCCAUCACCUUUAAUGCUGAUGCUCUAGGUCAAAACAUAUCCCAUGCUAUCAUAUAUAAUAAUUACGCCAACGCUGAUGUUCCUCAUGAGCGUAUUUACGGCGACAAUAUAGACAAAAUUGCCGACAUUAAGAAGCGUUAUGGCGUCGAUAGAGUUUCGCACCUUACUGGAGGUUUCAUUGUAGGUAAAUCCGUAGGUAAGAGUGGAAACUGGUAG